UGUACUAAAUGAAAAUCUACUUUGAUAUUUUAGACAGCGAUCAUGGAAUGAGUGUCUUGAUGUACCAGCAGAAAACACAUAUUCUAGACGAAUGAGAAUUUGCAACAAUCAUUUUACAAUGGAAAGCUUUAUGUUGAAUAAGACCCCCUUGACCUUAAAAAGAGAUGCAAAGCCUUUAAGAGUGAUCAUGAAUGAAGCACACGUUGUAACAAGUGAAUCGCUUAGACAGCCUGAACUGGAGCAAGAUAAUUUAACGGAUUCUGUCAUAGAGUUAAAUAUAACAAAAGACGCUGCCAUACCUUCCUCCGCUACAAAUCCAACAACAGAGUCAGUAUUUAAGAAGAGCCAGACUAGUGCAACAAUCAAAGAAAAAUCACUGCGGAGAAUUUUAAAGAACAAAGAGAAACAGAUCCGGAGACUUAAAAAGAAUUAUGAAAAUAAAACCACAUUAGAACCACUGAGAGAUAUGUUAAGCAUACCAGAAUGUGUCUGCCUGAAGAAGUAUUAA